UCGCAUUAUAUUUGAACGACAUCACCCAUGUCGCGGGGUAACAAUGGACGCUACUCUGUUGGAACAAGUCGCCGCAGGGAGACCUGAGAAAUGGUGAUUUUCUCCGCACUAGCCAAACACUGACAACGCUGAGGAAUUGCGAUACGUUAAUCCAAUACACUCUGAGCAAGCAAAACAAAUUUUCAAUGAAGCAAAGUAUUGCACAGUGAAGAUACAUAAUGGCUCCGAGCAGACCCACAAAAGACAGAGAGUCGAAGGAGGCAAGGGUACUUGCAAACAGAUACGAGAUUGUAAAGAAACUUGGGAGUGGCAAUUUUGGAACAGCGUUCUUGUGUAAAGACAGAAAGUGCAAUAAUGAAUUCAAAGUCCUGAAAGAGAUCUCAGUUGGAGAUCUACAGCCAGAUGAAACAGUGGAUGCCAUGCAUGAAGCUAGGCUGCUCUCUAAGCUAGAUCACCCUGGUAUAGUCAAAUUUCAUGACAGCUUUAUUGAUGGGGAAUUUUUUUGCAUCGUCACAGAAUAUUGUGAGGGUGGAGAUCUGGACCAUAAAAUAACAGAGUACAAGAAGAAAGGAAAGUCUUUUGAUGAGAAAACUGUUCUCAAUUGGACCAUACAGCUCAUCCUGGCGGUUCAGUACAUGCACAGCCGACGAGUUCUCCACAGGGAUCUUAAGACGAGGAAUAUCUUCAUCCGGAACAAUAUGAUGAAGAUUGGAGAUUUUGGUAUCUCUCGCAUCUUGAUGGGCACCAUGGACAUGGCCUCUACUUUUACUGGGACUCCGUACUACAUGAGCCCGGAGGUGCUCAAACAUGAAGGCUACAAUUCAAAGUCAGAUGUCUGGUCUAUUGGAUGUAUCAUGUACGAGUUAUGCACCUUGGAGCAUGCCUUCAUUGGGCAAGGCCUCAUGGCAGUCAUGUACAAAAUUGUGGAAAAAGAGCCUCCUGAUUUGCCAAAGAAGUAUUCCAAAGAUAUUGAUGAUGUGUUCAAAAAAAUGCUCAUCAAAGAUCCAGAAAAGCGCCCCUCUGCGACAGAAGUCACCAAAUUUCCUCACGUGGCUCGCCACAUGGCUAAAAUGAAAGAUCUCCUGACUGAUGAGUACAAAACGAAGCACAAUAUCAACCCAGAAACUGCUGACAAAGAAGCAAGUGAACUGGCUGUGCUGCUACGUGAGAAGUCCCGCUUAGAUGACCUUCGAAGCACCGUUGAGAAAUCAAGUGAAGAAGAGGACUCUGACCAGCACAGCUAUCAGGCUGCUGCCAAACCACCAAAGUUAACUGCAAGAGAGAGGAUGAGGCUGAAGAAGAUGCAAGAAGCCGACAAAAGAGCUCAGGAUUUGAAGAAAGCCACGAAGAUCCAGUUGGUUGAGAACACUGAGCGGAGGGAAAAAAUUAAAACCAAUUUUGAAAAAACCACGCUGCCAGCGUGGAAAGGAGGCUACGGGGAAGGAACUCUGCUGAAGGAGGCCAUCACUGUGAGAGAUCCACGGCUGGGUCACCUCUCUCCCAGGGAGUACGGUACACUGCCAGAUCAUCAUUACCAUGGUUACGACAGUUCAGAUGAAGAAGAGAUGACUGUGAAACACUCAACCAUGUAUCGGAGAAAUUCUGAUCGCUCUGGACCAAAGAGCAACACAGUUGGCAGUGAUUACCUGAAGCGGUCACAGUCACAAAAGUCUCCUCGCACACUAACCGACAGGUCAAUGAACUCACUCAGUAUGACUGUUCAGCCUCCACAUGGCGAUGAGCGACCUAUCACUCCGAUGAGAGACCUUAUGGUUUAUGACAGGGAACAUUCUUCUCUGGAUUUUAAGGAUGGUAUUCCUGAGACCCCAGAUCUUGCCAACACUUUUUAUGAGCAGUUCAAUGAAUUUGAUGACGAUGCGGAUGUGGUUGUCGGAGGUGGUGCAAACGACAGUGAUGAGGCGGAGGGAACUCUUGUCGAUGACCCCGGUCAGAAAGAGGAGGAGGACUUUAUCAAUUAUCUGGAGAGAGCUCUUGACAAAGAUGAAGCCGAGUCGACAACAGUGAGUGAUGACUCGGUGCUGGGAGCAUUUGGGCCUCAUGCCAGGGAGACAAAAAUAAAAAAUCUUAAAGGAGAGUGUGUCAAGAUCAUGGGAGAGGAGGAAUUUCAGAAGGCGUACAACUAUCUGCGCUCGGCUCGGACUUCUCAAGAUGGGAAAGAGAAGAGUGAGAAGGAGAUUAUGGAUGGGCUGAGGAAAUACGUGAAAAACCCAUCAGAUUGCUUCAUGGUGGACCAGCUGUUGUUUCUAGAAGAGCAAGCAAAGCUUAGCUAAUCAUAACCUUAACGAAGUGUGUCAAGUUGCCAUUUUCUUAGUUAAUGGUUGCUUUUGCCGCACUGACUCAAAAUAUGAAUGAAGACUGUGUGAGCAAGGAGGUAACUGUGCUGUAAAUCUUUAUGGCUUGCUGUUUUAGUAUAAUGUUAUGAAGCUUCAUAGCGAGUAUUAAUAAAUUCCCAAGACUGGCAGUUACAUGAGUUGUAGAGCUAAGGAAAGGGUGGAUUGAUGUAAAUUCAUGGACCUGACAUAUACACUUAUGGUUUUGAGAGAACGAUGUAUUAUAUUAUUUAGACGGAAAUCUUACAAAGAUUUAUAUAUAGGAAGAAGUGUAGUUAGUAGCUAUUAGUAAAUGGAAUAAUAACCAUACCAACCAUUUGAAAAUGGCCAGUAGGUUUGGGUUUUUUAAUUAUUAUAAAAACAUUUAGACUUAUUGAACACUGUACUUUAGCUCAAUACUAUCAUAGCACAAUUAUUGUAACCUUUCCAUUAAUAGAAUAUACAGAUGUCAAUAUUGUCAAAGGAUUGGGAAGUAUAUUCAUGGGAAUAAUUUUUUUUAACCCUAUCGGUACGUCGUGUUUUACUCUCGUAUCCAUACGACUUGGGGAACUC